CAUCACUAGAAACAAAGUGUGCAUGGGUUGAAAACUUGUAUUUUGCUGUGUUUUCCUUUAUUUCGCCAAAAACCGCUUAAUUCUUAGCAAAAUUGCAUAAGAAAUGACUGCAGAAAACGAACGUGAAAUAUAUCACAAGUUAGAAGCAAUGAAAGAGAUCAGAAACAAAACUAUAACACUGGAGCGGCUAAAACGGAGCAUCCUGAAUGAAGUCCGUAGCGGGGACCAGGAGGGCCGCUGCCUCGCGCAGUACAAGCGCGAGAUGGAGCUCCUGCAGCAGGAGAAGAUGAGCCACGUGGAGGAGCUGCGCCAGAUACACGCAGACAUUAAUGCAAUGGAGACAGUGAUAAAGCAAACGGAGGAGAGCAUGACGCGCAAGCUGUCGACGGCGUCGCGGCUGCACGAGGACUACCGGCCGCUGAAGGCCGAGGUGGACCUGCUGCGGCGCCAGUGCCUCGGCCUCGAGCGCCUGCCCGACCUGCACGAGGAGGAGGGCUCGCCCAUCACGCCCGACCGCUUCCCGCCUCUGUCGGCGGCGCCGGCGCGGCCCGCCGCCUUCCUGCCGCCGGCGCCGCGCAAGCCGCCGCCGCCGCCGCCCGCGUUCAGGUCUGCUCUCGACCAAGAUUUCCUUACCGUCUCGCUGAGGCAGCAGCCGCCGCCCAUGAAGUCGUGCCUGUCGUGCCACCAGCAGAUCCACCGCAACGCGCCCAUCUGCCCGCUGUGCAAGGCCAAGAGCCGCUCGCGCAACCCCAAGAAGCCCAAGAAGAAGUAGUCGCCGCCGCCGCCGCCGCCGCCGCCUCCCGCCGCCCGCCGGACAUCGCGCCACACAUUAUAUGCACGGCCUCCUGCUCCGCCGUUAACAGUUAUUUCGGAUCUAUCCACCCGAUGCCGGCGUGAAAAGUAGAGAUGGAUAGAUGCGAACACGAGAAAACGGCGUUAGAGCAGGACGCCCCGCUAGUCAGUUUAGUGAGGUCUAGUGAGGUUCAGUGGACUGUGGACAUGUAUUGAUCAGUUAAUAUUAUUUAAUUUACUGCCGUUGAUCGAAGGUGGAGACUGGAGAGAGAUGUAUAAUAUUGGUGGGAUUAUUAUCUUUCACUUUCCAACCAUUAUCCUUAGGUACAGCGUCUUGUAUCGUGAUGUGGAUUGGAUGGAGCGUUUGAGUUGACCACCUGGUCUAAAUAUGUAUGUAAUUAGAUUUCUUAUUCAUAAAUCGUUAGUUGAUUUAUGCAUACCUAGUCCCACUAACCAUAAUCUCACGUCAAAUAUUUGUGGCGCAAAGGUAACAUUUUUUAUUUUCUACCCAAAGCAAAGAUGAGCUUAUUUUUCAAUUCCAAUACUAAAGACAGACAAAAUAGACCAUGUCUGUCUUUUUAGAUUUGUACUUUAGUGUAUUUUGUAGACACUUUCGUCUACAAAAUACACUAAAAUUAUCAUUAUCAAUUUCGUCAAAAACCAUUUUUUAUUUGGUAUGAUAUUACUAGUCUUCACGGGCUGAUCGAUUGUAUUUAUGGAUUAGUGGUACGAGUGAGAUUAAAACUGUAUUAUAGUUAUUUAGGUAAUGUUAUAGUGCCAAACGGUUAAAGGUUCUAAACUAGAGUGUGUCGAUUACCUGGAGCUGAAGAAUUGACCUAGCAGCGUGAGGGCUUCUGGACUCGUUGAGCCAACGAACACGUGUGUUUAGCAAAUUGAUAAAGUAUUAACUUGAACGUUUAGAUAAGAACCACUUGUAGAUUUUGUACAUAAACUACAGUGAUGCGUAGAUGUAAGAUGUGAUAGCAAAUUAUUUAAAUAUGCGCACAUUGAAGUGUGUUUUGUGCCCAAUUUUAAUCUUAAAGCUGUUGGACACGGGUAGCGCAUGGAAUAGGCUAAAGUUUAUCAGUGAUAAACUGUAUCUGUAUCCCCUUUUUCAUAAAAACUAAAACAGUCAUAACACUGUUAGAAUAAUUUUAAGCAGAACUGGGAAAGUAACGUUUUGAAUGAAAUCGUUUUUAGUUAAAACAGUGUUACAAAUUAUUUACUUGUUUUAUAUGUUAAGAUAAGGGGUAUUCAUAAGAGUUACACAUAAGUAAUUUGGAUUUUUUUCUAGGAUUGCUUGAGGUUGAUUGAUGAAGUCUUAUAUUUAUUCUUUUGUUGGUUCAAACUAGAAUGAUGUUGGUUUUAAGUACUUUCUGUACUUAAGUUUUGUUAAUUACAAUGUACAAAAUGUGGAAAUGUCGUAUAUUUUGUAUGACGGAAACGUGAAGCCGUAUUUCUCUGCUUAGACGUAAGUAACGCAAGUGUAAAUAACAGAUGCGCAGUUAUUAUAAGUGUGAAUAGUUUUGUUUUUACAAUACAAACUCUGUCUCUGUCA